GCAGAGGCUUGUGGAAUCAGUGAGAGCAGUACCUCUCCCUACUCAGCAAUCACUUGGAUCUGGAAUUAACAGAAGGCUACAAUGAUGGCUCAUCUCCUUGUCUUCACAUACAUAACAGCUAAGAUUACUGUCAUAGAGUCAUCCACUGAAAGGCUGUACCCAGACAUUUGUCCGCUGGGUCAGUUUCCCUGUGGAAACCUGUCGGUGUGUUUGCCCCAGCCACGCCACUGCAAUGGCAUACAGGACUGUGCCAAUGGAGCAGAUGAGGAGAACUGUGUUGAUAACAGUGGAUGGCCUCACCUAUUUGAUGCUUUUCUGAAGACAAACAUUCAGGAGUCAAAGGAAUGCUUGUUGGAUGUAUUUCCAGUAACGUGCCACUGCAAGGGCAGGAGAGUGAACUGUAACAACAAAGACCUCUUGAAUGUGCCUGCUGUGUCUUAUAAUGUCACCGCUCUUGAGCUGAACAGUAAUCGGAUAACUUCUCUUCCUUCUGACCUGUUCAUCAGAUACAAACAUCUGGAACGACUUCACUUGCAAAACAACAGCAUCAGAACCAUAUCUAUCCGAGCAUUUUCAGGGCUUUACAAACUAAGAAAACUAUUUCUCAGUCAGAACCGGAUUACCAAACUGAAGGCUGGUAUUUUCAAGGACCUUCGGAACCUAGAAUGGCUAAUUCUGGAUGAAAACAGGAUCACAUCAAUAAGACAGAAGUCAUUUGAAGGACUAAAAUCAUUAUUUUUUUUGUCCCUGCUGAAUAAUUCACUCAGGCACAUCCCUAGGAAAUCCUUCUGCUUGGAAAUGCCACGGUUAAACUGGCUGGAAAUGGAAGGCAACAGGAUCUCAUCUUUACAAGGCUCCAGCUUUCAAGAAUGUUCUACUCUGACUGUCCUAGCACUUCGAAGGAAUGAAAUACAAUCAAUUGAGGUGGGGACAUUUUCUGCAAUGCAAAGACUGAUAGACUUGGACUUGUCUCUGAACCGAAUUCAGGAGCUAUCCCCAUCCUUAUUCAGAAACCUACAAAAUCUCAAGCAGUUGAACAUCUCAAACAACCCGAUCGCUCACAUCUAUGAUGACCAGUUUGACAACUUUGUCAAUUUGCAGUCACUGGGAAUGGAGGACAUUGAGAUCCCAAAUAUCAGCAUCCGGAUGUUUCGUUCACUCCACAAUCUCUCCCAUAUAUAUUUUAAAAAGUUUGAAUACUGCGGAUAUUCUCCCAAUGUGCGGAGUUGCAAGCCUAACACAGACGGGAUCUCCUCUUUUGAGAACCUCCUGGCCAACAUAAUCCUUCGCGUCUUUGUGUGGGUGGUGGCCUUCAUCAUCUGCUUCGGCAACGUCUUUGUCAUCUGCCUCCGCUCCUGCAUCGUGUCUGAGAACCGACACCACACCAUGGCCAUCAAAUCACUGUGUUGUGCUGACUGCUUGAUGGGAGUCUAUCUGUUCUUCAUUGGCGCCUUUGACAUCAAGUACUGCGGAGAGUACAACAGGCACGCCCAGAUGUGGAUGGAAAGCCUUCAGUGUCAGCUGAUCGGCUGCCUAGCCAUGCUGUCCACGGAGGUGUCUGUCAUGCUGCUGACGUACAUGACGCUGGAGAAGUACCUGUGCAUCGUGUUUCCCUUCCAAAACUACCGGCCCGGGAGGAAACAGACCCUUUUCUUCCUCAUCUUUAUUUGGAUCUUGGGCUUCAUGAUUGCCAUCAUACCCUUCUGGGACAAGCAAACAUUUGGAAACUACUACGGAAGGAACGGUGUCUGUUUCCCACUCCACUCAGACUUGAUGGAGAAGCCGGGUGCCAGAAGAUACUCAACGGGAAUAUUUCUUGGUCUGAAUCUUUUUGCUUUCGUCAUAAUUGUCUUCUCCUACACCAGCAUGUUUUACUCAGUUAGGAAAACUUCCAAAACAGCAAGGCAAAGCAUUUUUGAUCGAGAGGUGACCAUAGCCAAGAGGUUUUUCUUCAUUGUCUUUACUGAUGCCAUGUGCUGGAUACCAAUAUUCCUGUUUAAGAUUCUGUCCCUGCUACAAGUGGAAAUAACAGGCACAAUUAUUUUGUGGGUUGUGAUCUUCAUCCUGCCUAUCAACAGUGCCCUGAACCCAAUCCUCUACACCAUCACCACCAGCUCCUUCCAGGAACGCAUCAAACUCUGCCUGCAAAUGAAAUGGCAGAAAGUUGGGCUUAAAGAGACCCCACAGAGCAUCUCCACCAUCUACACACAGGCCAGCAGUCUCUAGUAAUGAGCCUCGUGGUCUGGCAGGGGCCACUAGUUGUCAGGUGGAAAAGAAGAAAUCAACGCCUUGCCUGAGGAAUCAGCUGGAGGGGACUCUUACACACAAACACUCUGUCCCUUCACCCCGAGCUCCCAAUGGGCGGUAUAGCCUUUACAAGACCGAGCCAUGCAGCCACAGUGCUGAAAGAAAUCCCUGCUGUCUGGUGAACAUUGGUGGCCACUUGGCGGGGAAAGGAGGACAAACAACCUGCUGUUUGCACAGGCCUUUGUCACGGACUUCCUCUCGUAGCAGAUUGAUCAAAUUUAGUGGUUUGGAAUAGCCUCUGCACCAAUAGCCGUGCAGUGCCGAUGUCCGCGCAACUGGUAACGCCCCCCCCCAAAUGUCACAGAUAAACAGGUGGAUCCCAUGAAGAGCACACCAGCACUGGCAGUCAUUUUGAGGAUAGGAAUGCAUUCCUGACAGAGUAAUUGGAAUCUUCAUCCAUCCUGGACUAGACUAGUGCCAGAAUACUUAUUGUACAUAGCUGUGCUUCUGGCCUGUAUGGUGAGUCAAAGGGAGCCAUUCAGAAGGGUCCGUGCCACUUCCCUUAAAGGUCCAGGAAACUGAAUUCAAAUUGUGGUUAUAUUCUCCAGAAGUGACAAUUGAUUGUCUUUUCACCUGAAUGCCUAGAUUUUCACUGACUUGCCAUGUGCUGGAUCUAAAUUAAUCACUUAGCAGCCUUGGGUUCAUUUUCAAAUUGUAGGCUUAUAUUAAAAUCACAAUGCACUUUGUCCUUAAGUCCUAAGACAGUUUUCAAACCAGGAUAUCUCACAUUCACUACAAGCUUAAAACAUGUCAAGAUAAACUACAGAGAGAAGGUGCCCUUUAGAUACCUACAGGCUUGCAUGAUGUAAUUACA